AUGGCAAUCCACCGAUCAAUCCUUAAAACAUGGCAACUCGGCACUCGUACGUUUAAUCGCCCUAAUAUCUUCAUUGCAGGCCACCUCACGCGGUCCUUCUCAUCCACGCGGCAGCUCUCAGAAGCGGGGAAAAUUACAACACAUCACGGACAGAACUGCAGUCCUCCGCGUGCUGGUGUUCCUUACUCCCCAGCAGCCAAAGCAAACGGUCUCGUCUGGGUUUCAGGCCAGGUCGCAGCUGAUGCUACUGGGAAAUACCUAGACAAUGGCCUCUCAGUGACUGAGAAAUCACAUAGAAUGAUGCAGAAUGUGAAGGCCGUUCUUGAAGGAGCGGGGUCGUCGUUGGAUAAAGUCGUCAAGGCCAAUAUUAUCUUCACCAAGAUCGACGAUGACUAUGAAGAGUUCAAUGAGGUGUACAAACAAUAUAUCACGCAUAACCCUGCAAGAACUAGUGUUGAGGUUUCGGGACUGCCGAAGCCGGCGGAUAUUGAGAUUGAGGUUGUUGCAUUAGCUUAG